AUGUCUGACGAGAUGGCCAAGACAGGUUCCAAAUCAUUCGCCUGGCUCAAGAACCACCGCCUCAACGGCUCAGACGGCUCAGACAAUGAGGAAACCUCGGAUGACUCGUUCAACCCGGGCGGCUCAGUUCACUCAGAUGAUUCGAAAAUUGCUGAUAACGCAAAGGGGAAGGAAGUGAAAAGGGUUCAGAAGAAAGGCCAAGGUCACCACCCCGAGAAAUCUCAUGCAGAGCGCCUGACCGGCAAGAUGGGUGACGACGCGACAUGGUUCGGCGCGGCGUACUUCUUCGCCCUUGUCGCAAAGGCCGACUGCCCGGUCUGCGGCAGCGGAGAAUCGCCCGAGUCCAGCAUCGACAAGCCGCACCAAGAAGCGAAGCCAGUACAGCAUUACCUUGAGGCCCCUACCGGCAAUGCUGAUGGCAAGAAUGGGUCGGUUUGGCCCACCGAGCGCAAACGCACCACUCCGUACAGCAACCAGCAGCCGUACGCUCCCAUUGCUAGCACCGACGCCAUGACAGGGGAAGAUGGUAUCUGGGGUCAGGAUUGGGGCAUGUCGCUCGCUGAGUAG